AUGCAAGGACACAGCUUUAAAAAUUAUAUACUGUCCAAAAAGUAUGACUGUCAUGUAAAAUGCUUCGAAGAGAGAUGCAAGUGCCAAGCGUACCAAAUAAGACAAAAUCGAUGUGAGUUGCUGAACGAAGACAGAUUUCCUGCUCCUGAAGACUUCCAUGAGAAAAAGGAAUACACUUACUAUGAAGUGAAUAGAGAAUACGUCAACCACCAGGUAACUUAUGAGUUCUGUCAAUCUUAUGAAAAUAGAAAGAAAAAAAGGGAGACAGUAACAUAGUGGCGUGUUCCGUCGAGAUUUCAUUUCGGCUUUAUUCAUUUUUACCUUGUCAAUAAAACAAGAUUCCAGUCUGAAAAAUUUUGGAUGUAUGAACAAUAUCUGGUACUCACUUAAAUAACUCCUCUGUUCACUUUCUUGUUUCGGGAAAAGAGGCUUCUUGUUUCUACAAAACAAAAAAGAAGGAAAAGAAUCUUUCGUCAUUUUUAUUUUGCUUGAAGCAUGGAAUGAAUAAAAGAGGAACUCUGAGCGUCGAACAGUCUUCACAACCUAUGCAUAUAUUCUUCAUGGUUUACAAAGCAGUGAAUUUAGUUUAGUACAGCAAAUAUUUUGGAGUUUGCAUGCGUGUGAAAAUAGGAAAACCUAAAAGCGGAGCUUCCAUCUGAAAAUAUGUAAAAUAUUAAUUGUACACAUACAAAGGAGAGGGUCGCGUAAAUCAUAAUAUUAUCAAUAUGUACACUUUUAAGAUAUUCUCCCCUCGCACUAUUAGGCAUUUGCAAAGAGUGCUGAAAAAGAGGAACCAUGCAUUAACCAGUGCUGCAAUCAGAAUCCAUGUGCUCACGGAGGCACCUGCACUGAAUUAUGUGCAGACGCCGAUCACAAGUUCAACUGUACAUGCGCAGUGGGAUAUUACGGCAGAUUUUGUCAAAAACGAAGAGCAACAUCUUGCAAAGAGCAACUAUGGAAAAACGAAGGGAGCAAGUCUGGAGUGUAUCAACUGUUUGACCCAACGACUAAGACCAUGUACGAGGUCUUCUGUGAUGCCAUCUCUGAAGAAGGAUUCAUUUGGACGCUUAUCGAAUCUUUCAGCCGUCGCAAUAAAAAUGAAUUUGAGGACAAAGUAUUUUUUAAAGACUAUCCAAAAAUCAGGAAGCUUUUACAUGGGGCAAGUUUCGUCUAUCUCUGCUACGUAUGA